CAUCAUUGUACUCACGUUAAUACCGACAACCUUUUCAACAAUACAAUGGCUUUCAAGCUAAUCAUCGUCGUGGCUAUCCUGGCUUAUGCCAAUGCCAGCUUAAUCCACGGCCCGGCCCUGGCUUAUGCCCCGGCGCCGGCUUACGCCCCAGCGAUUCACGCGGUCCACGCGGCUCCGGUCGCCUACGCAGCCGCUCCCGUGGCCAAAGCCGUCAUCGCCAAGACCAUCGACACCGAGUACGACCCCCACCCCCAGUACUCUUACGCGUACGACGUAGCGGACUCGCUGACCGGGGACUUCAAGAACCAGCAGGAGACGCGUGACGGCGAUGUCGUGCGCGGGAGCUACUCGCUUCUGGAGGCUGACGGCACGAGGCGGGUCGUCGACUACGCAGCCGACCCCAUAAAUGGCUUCAACGCUGUCGUCCGCAAGGAGCCUGCGGCCGUUGCCUUCGCUGCCCCGAUCGCCAAGCUCGCCACCCCUGUCGCGAAGAUCGCGGCGCCCCUGACCUUCUCCGCGGCGUACGCGGCGCCGGCCUUCGCCAAAGCCUACUACUAAAGCUCGAGGAGCCACCACCGCGACACCCGAUACAUUCAUCGCGUCAUCUCAACACCAACACACAGACAUUCCUUUCUUACAUCGGCAGAUUAUUAAUUUAUUGAAUAACACUCGUACACGAUUACAUGCCCAAUGACAAUGUGCGUCAAUAAUAAAAAUUUUUUAU